GAGGUGGGAGGAUGAUGGUGAAUAAGAUAGAUAGACAAGAUAAGAUCUGGAUAGGUCGACGAUUUUCUGAUUCUCUGGUGGACUGCGUUUCCCUAGCAGCUGGAACUGAACUUCUCUCAUCAGACAUCAGCAUCACCACAAGAAUAAUUAUCCCUUCUAGUUUUCUCAUCAGAAAUCAUGUUGGACCUUCUCCGCAAGCCAGUGUUUGAUCCCGAAAAGGAGAUUCCCAGUCUCAGCGGAAAAGUCAUCUUGAUCACAGGCGGCACUGGAGGUCUAGGACGCGAGACAGUCGUGUCCUUUGCCAGCCAUGAUCCCGCACACAUUUAUUUCACCGGCCGCUCGCAGCCGUCGGCGGACGAGACGAUCAGACUGGCCAAAGAGAAGAGUCCCAAUACGCCUGUGGAGUUUGUCAAAUGCGACCUCGCAUCCUUUGCAUCGAUCAAAGUGGCAGCGAAAGACUUGCUCGCUAAAAUGAAUCGACUCGAUAUUCUCAUGGCUAAUGCGGGAAUUAUGGCUCACCCGCCAGGUCUCACGGAAGAUGGAUACGAAUUACAAUUUGGAACCAAUCACGUCGGACAUGCGCUUCUUGUUAAACUCCUCACGCCACUCUUACUCCAAACGGCAGCACCAGCAGCAGCAGCAGAAGAGCAAACCGAAAAAAAAGACGUCCGCAUCAUCUGGGACAGCUCUCUCGCACACCGCGGCCACCCCGCAUGCGGUAUAGAUUUUUCCAAAUUAAAAACCGACAUGGCAGAUAUUGUGCCUCGCCCCUUACAAAGCGCAGCAGGCCCCUGGAUCCGCUACGCACAAUCCAAACUCGCCAAUAUGAUUUACGCGCGCGCUUUUGCGCAGCAUUAUCCGCAAAUCACGAGUGUCUCAUUGCAUCCGGGAGUCAGCGCGACGGGGUUAAUUGGAGGUUUGAGUAUGGGACAAAAGGCUUUCAUGUAUGCGACGAGUUGGCCGAUUAUGAUUCCGGCGCAUAUGUGUGCGUGGAAUCAGCAGUGGGCGGCUACGGCGCCGUUGGGGAGUGGUGAGAGACAGGUUGAGAGUGGGACAUUUUAUAUGCCGGUCGGGAAGAAGGGGGAGACGUCGGCGAAGGGGAGGGAUAAGGGGUUGGAGCAGAAAUUGUGGGAGUGGACGGAGGAGGAGCUGAAGGGGCAGAGUUUGGAGGAGUAG